UAUUAUUAUUAUUAUUAUUAUUAUUAUUAUUAUUAUUAUUAUUAUUAUUAUUAUUACUACUAUCAUCAUCAACAUUAUUAUUACUCUUAUUAUUAUUAUUAUCAUCAUCGUCAUCAUCGUUAUUCUUUUCGACAAAUACGAUCCUAUAAAAUUUCAUAAAAAUUAAAAAAAAAACCAAAAUUAAGAGAAAAAGGGAAGAAGAAAAGUACGACCGAGUGCGUUCCAUGCGAGGUAAGCAAGAAGCUUUGCUACGGCAAGAUCAUCAUCAGCUGGAGGAUCAGCAUAGUAGUGAAAACGUUGAUCAAAUAGGUGAUCGGUCAAGAAUCCGCGUGAAUAAGGAGUUCGCGAACUUGAAGACGAAGCCAACGUCACCCGUCCUGGCGAACGACGGAGGGGGCGGCUUCUGGCUGGCCACGGUGGCCGCGGGGGUUGGUGCCCCAGCCGGGCUGCCCCCGCACUCGACGCAUCAUCCAACCAUGGAUCCGACAUGUGGAUCAGCCGAAACCGGCUUCAUCAAUAGCCAACCGUCCAUGGCCGAAUUUAUGACCGCUUUGCCACAAUUGACCAAUGAUGGUAAUCUGCAACAUUCACCUGGUACCGGUGGUUCCAUAAGUCCUGGAGCACACCUUCCUCCUUACCACAACAUGAUGGAUCAUCAUGCAGUAACCGACCCAUCCGGCGUCAACGUACCAGAAUAUCCUUGGAUGAAGGAAAAGAAAACAACCAGAAAGAACAACCAGCAAGAGAAUGGUUUGCCAAGAAGAUUGAGAACGGCUUAUACAAAUACGCAAUUGUUAGAAUUGGAAAAGGAAUUCCAUUUCAAUAAAUACCUUUGCCGGCCACGACGAAUCGAGAUAGCAGCAUCGCUCGAUCUGACAGAACGUCAGGUAAAAGUCUGGUUUCAGAAUCGCCGUAUGAAGCAUAAACGGCAAACUCUGAGUAAGGAGGACGGCGACGAGAAAGAUGGCUCGACGUCCGACGGUAUGGAAAAGUCUAAAAACGAAAAACUGUUAAGUAUCGAUGCCGAGGAGAAGAAGAGCUGUCACAACUGUGAUAUUUCUGGUGUUGGAGACGUUGGUAGUACUCUCUCUGGUGACGUCAGCGAACUUGCUACUUCUGGUCGCAGGAGUAGCAAUAGUAAUAAUAAUAACACCAAUAAUAAUAAUAAUAAUAAUAAUAAUAAUAAUAAUAACAACAACAACAACAACAACAAUACGCCAUCUGCAACUAACAAUAAUAACGCAGUGUACAACACAAACAGCAACGGUGCCAGUAGUGUCGGGAGCACGAACAGUGUUUCCAGUUCCCUAGAAAAGAUGAUCGUCGACGAUGACUCCAGGUCGCAAGAUGGUAGUGAAGUGACAUCGCCGAGCGUGCCGACAAAGAAACUCUCCAACGAGAUUAGGGUCAAGGUCGAAAGUGGACACAAGAGUCCAAACACCACUAAACAAAUUUCCAUUAGUAAGAAGUCUCCGUCCGCAAAUUCAAAAGAUAUUUGUUCUGUAAAUAGCAACGGUGUUCUUCUUGCUAUGCCCGAUUCUACUGUCAGUACACCGGUCUUACCAGGACAAAGUUCAGCGAGGAGCCUGACACCUUCGUCCACUCCUGGGACACCGGCUUCCGUUCAGCUUCAACAAGGAAGUCCACUUAGUAUGCAACAAACCCAUACAUCCUAUAUGCAAAGACCACGAAGCUCUCCAUCAUCGACGACGACAAUACUGCAAUCAGGAACUAUGUCGCCUCAUGCUGUCAGAAGCAUGGCGGCAAAUCAAAACCAUUUUCAACAACAAAACGUUUAUCAACCAAAUCUUGGUGUAGAUUACAGAAAUGGUGUUUCAACUAUUAGACAAACUGUUCCUGCGGUUCAACAAACGCAAUCGCAAAACAAUUAUUGCACCAGAGAGAGCUAUCAGCAUACAAGAAUUCCAUAUACCAGUGAUGUACAUCCGUACAGACAAAAUCAGACGGUUGUUUCGAGAAUGAGCCACGUGAGAAUGGCCGGCGGUAGAAACGUAUACGGCUCGAACAUGCAAUUUCACCAACAACAAAACCAAUACGGUAAUACGGCCGACUACAAUGGGUAUCCUCAAAGCGGAGCAACGUAUCAUGCUUCCUAUCAUAGAAGCAUGCAAAGCGGAGGUGCUUACAAUACCGCCCAAGGCUAUCCCAAUCCACAAGCCGAACAACCGACGGAAGGAUAUGGAAAUUACGGUUAUACUAGUACCGGUUAUCAUCCCAAUAGUGAGAAUCUUACAUCCCACAGUCAUUCCAAUGUGUCUACUCAAAGUGGACAACAUUAUUAUAAUGAAAUUCCACACCAGCAACAACAACAAACGCAACAACAUCCCACUGAAAAUUACGUUGCUCAUCCACCGUCAAUGCAUCCCACUUCUGGUGAUUAUCGAACUGGUAAUAAAUGUCACCCUAACGCCUACUACGAACAAACCAAUCAGAUGCACGUUCACCAGGGUGGCGAGGCUUCUAAUAUCCCCAAUAGUUAUGUAUCCUCUCCAGAUCCUUUCCCAGCACCCGGAAUGACCACCACAGCGACUGCAAUUGCCGCAGCAACCGCUGCUGUCAUCACGCCACCCGGUAGCACGGGACAAGCCGACGGAAGUGCGGAUUAUAACAAUUACGGCAAUUUUUACGGUGAACCCGUUCACACGACUGCACCGCCACCGUCGGCCGACAACAGUAAUAGUUCUUCAGACUUUAAUUUUCUCAGCAAUCUCGCCAAUGACUUUGCUCCCGAAUACUAUCAGCUCAGCUGAGUCCACGAGACGGAGAAUCCGUGUCAGCUUGACUGGGCCGAUGAACAAGGACUGCUCAAUGUUUUAUAUUAACUUAUAACAUGUGAUUUGUGAACGUAUCUAUCGAUGCGAAGAAAAAGAUAUGCGCUGUGUUUAUAAUUAGAACUGGUGAUAUAGUAUCGGUGAUAAAUAUAAAGUUAAAAGUUCUUUGUGAUUUCCUGAAGUUAAUAGACUAUUUGUAAACUAUCGAGAUCGAUGGUAUAAUUCGAUGAACGAUUUUAAAAUCCUUAGAUCCCCCGUCAUUACAUAUAUUUUAAAUAAUCCGAAACUCUAACUCGAAAAUUUUCUGUCUAAUUAAAAAAUACGCGAUUAAUAGGGAGAAUAAUUUCGAACGUAGGUAUACAUAUUGUAUAUCCUCGUAUGAAAAAAAAAUUAAUAAAUAAAUAAAAAGAAAAAAAAGAUAUGGAACGAUGCAAUUUUAAAUAUGAUUCGCGUUUAUGAUUGUUCGUUAGUGCACGUUUAGGUUAAAUCUAUUCACUAUACCUGUUUAUAUCGUCAUGCACUAUUUAGCGAAUAAAUCUAAUCAUUGCGUCCAAGCUAAGAAUUUGUUCAAAAUACAGGGAUUAAUACGUUACGUUAAUUCUGUUAUUUAUUAUUAAGAAGAGUACCGAAAAAUACAGCUUGUACAUACAUUUUAAUAAUAGAUAUCAUAUGUUGUAUUUUUAAACGUUUCGAAAUUUAUCCUGGCCAACUUGUUUAUCGUUCUUUAACAUUAGCGGAUAGUUCAGUGGCCGGUGAGAGUAGAUGAGAGCGUGAUGUGACAACGAAUCUUUCAAUGACAUGUGAUCCGUUUGUUACCUUUCUGUUUCUUUAAGAACUUACGAAACGGUACUGAUUCUAGAAAAAUGUUAACUACAUAUACUUAUCUAUACUAAAUUCGAAAACAUCGACUCAAAGCAUGUAAAUAAAAUAUUAUUACGAUAAUAAACAAAAUGGCCUGAAUCAAUCUCGAUGUUUGGCCACUCUCGUGAAUAAUUUGAACGAGACAAAAUAGUGCAAUGUUUUUAUAAAUACCUUUAUGUAAAUUGUAUCAUAAUUGGGAGUUUUAAAAGUUUAAGGCUGUAAUACAAGAAAUACAAUGUAAAGGUAAAAUAAAACAGACGCAUAUAUUGUAGAAAUGAUUAUGAAGAAAUAAGCAAACGAAAGAUAUAAAGUAAUACAUAAACGCUUUUCUCUAAGCGAGAUUUUGUUGAAAAAAAAAAUCACAUUUCUAAUAUCUUUUCCCGGGUAAAGUCUAAAAACUACUUAAUAUUUAAAUAAGUGGUCGUAUAUAUAUACAUAUAUAUACAUAUAUAUAUAUAUAAAGAAAUCGGCUUUUACAUCUCCUGAUUAUGCUUAAAUUAAUUUAAUUUGAUUCACGAACUAUAUAUACACCUUAUUCAAAGUGAUUGACGUUGCUAUUGAUCGAAUUCUUUAAACAAUGUUUUCAAAAUUGUAUUGUUUAUCAAUGACAAAAUGAAUUAAGAAAUUUUAAUCGCUAUAUAUUGUAAAGACUAUGUGUCUUAAAAUAGUGUUAAGUCAAUCACUGUGAAUCACCGUAAGUCUAUCAUUCACAUAACGAGAUAAAACGAGAUAGAAAUUGUACCUAAUUAUCUACUUCUUUAUCCAAUGAAUUUAUUUAAAUAUCUAAAUAUGUAUUAUGUUGAAUUAUCUAAUGAGACGAACGAAACGAAAUGGAAUUGAGUUAAAUUGUGUUUUAUAUUUGAACGACAUUUUGAUAGAUUUUAUAUUUCGUUCGUAAUAUGGAUAUUAGCAACGAAAUAAGAGAGAACACAGAUACAGAGACACACAUACAUAUACAAACACAUACACUCAUAAACGCUGUAAAUUGAUAAGCAAUAAUUAAUUAUGCAAACGUGUAUAUAAUAUCACAGAAGAUGAGAGAGAUGACGAUGAGAUACGUGUAUAAAGUAUCGUGAUUCUCUUCACGAUCACGCUUAAGCUAGUGUGUAUACGCCGACGGAUAAGAGAAUGAAUGAAUGGAAAAAAUACUACAAUGCGACGGCGAAUAGAAUUAAUUGAGAAUGGAUUUAAUUGUUUAACAGUACCUAACUAUAGCGUGAACCAUCGAACCUAUUGAA